AUGAGCGUCUUACUCCCCAACAUGUCGGACUUUGAUACCAUUUAUGAGUUAGAAGACGAGGAGGAUGAGCACAUAGUAAGCGAGGAUAACUUGCCCAGAUUCUGCCCGGAGCCCGUGGUCAUGCGUGGGGCCGGGCACAUCACCGUGUUUGGACUGAGCAACAGAUUUGACACAGAAUUUCCUUCUGUUCUCACGGGAAAGGUGGCACCGGAGGAAUUCAAAACCAGCAUCAGCAGAGUGAACGCUUGUCUGAAGAAGAACCUGCCAGUGAACGUGAAGUGGCUUCUCUGCGGCUGCUUGUGUUGCUGCUGUACAGUCGGCUGCAGUCUAUGGCCUGUAAUCUGCCUCAACAAGAGAACAAGACGGUCGAUUCAGAAGCUGUUAGAGUGGGAGAAUAACAGAUUAUACCACAAGCUCGGCCUGCACUGGAAGCUCAGUAAAAGAAAAUGUGAAAGCAGCAACAUGAUGGAAUUUGUGAUUCUUAUAGAAUUCUUACCUAAAUAUCCUAUAUUCCGACCGGACUGAGGACUGUUAUCAGACAGGACGUGCGGCCCUUGAAUCCUCUCCUUAGUGCCUUGUAUAUACAGUAUAAGUUGGAAUAAGGGUCUGCACCGACGUCUCUCCCCCUCCCCCCGUACAGUCCCCUCUCGUUCAUUAAAGUUUGCAACACUGUCACUUUGCUUUAUAGCAGAUUUUGCACAUUUGUCCCAGACAUGCCUCCUUUCUUCCACCCUCUUUGUUGCACUCUUAAUGUUGUUAAACAUGUUAAAACAAAUGAAAAUCGUAAAAAAAAAAAAGUGCAUUCACCCCAAAGAUCCUUCAACCUGUCUGUUACAAUUCCGUGCAAAGAAUGUGAUGCUUCCACACUCCAUAUACCCCUCCCCGCCCGCCUUACGUAUCAUUUAAAACAUUUAUCUACAUAUAUUUAUGUGUAGCUGGAGGAGUGGUCUAACAGGUGUGUAGGCUUAAGGCUGUUUGAAUCGUUGAAUGCAGCUCUUUGCAGGUAGACGGGACGGUUGAAGUUGCCUGAUGCACAGCGUACACCCUACGUUUUGUCUUUACAUUAACCCUUUGUACAACAAGCUAAUACAAGAACUUGACCUGUAAAUAACAUGUUAGAAUAAGCUGUACAUUGGUGUAUUUUUGUUUACAUAAGCUAGUUAUUUAGUUUUUUU